AUGAUCUGGGAGGCUGAGCUACGGAAGACACAAGCUGUCACAAGCUGCAAAGACGAAUCCAAAGUCAAGAAAAUGCGUAUACUAUGUAAUAGGAGGGACGGCAGAAGGAAAGUUGGUAAACUGCGUGAUCUCAAAGGGCCUGAACGACUCUUGGUGAAAACUGAGGAGAACAGCGUUAUACCGUAUUUUGACUGCGACGAUAUUCGCUGUUCACAAUUUGGAAACAUCUCUCAUAUGGGAAUACCCUUCAUUGAACGAUUCGGUGUGGCUGAGGGAGUUACGUACAUUGCACGAAUGUAUGUAAAUCUGGAACGAUCUUGUGACAACGAUGCGUUCGCCACUUCUGUAGCUGAACGACAUUUCCCUAGUUUGAAUGUUUCUCUCAGAAAAGCCGUUCAAAAUCCUUUACUGGUCUCGGAGCGUACACCGGUUGGCUGGCAAGCUUCUAAGCCUCUAGACGAUCCCAAGAGCACCGUGAAAUUAUCCUAUUGCCGACUUGUUUUGCAUUACCUGGAAUGGUUAGCUGCAGUUGAAGAGCUGGCAACAUUGGAUGAAAAACGACGGCUGAAAUUAGCGUCAAUGCAUGUGAUUCCUUUGUUGUUACUCACUAUUUCCUUCAACACCUUCAAGCAUAAAAGUGCUCGAUUACUACUAUGCAAUGGUUUCUUCUUUCUUCAAGAAAAGCAGCAAUCGAGCGAUAAACACUGUGAUGUGAUAGAAAUGAUAGUGAAUGAACUAGAAAAGAAUAUUGUGAAUAAAUUCCGAGAACUUGACGUAUGUGAAGAGGAGUACGUGUUGCUGAAAUUGGUUCUGCUAUUCACUCAUAAAGAAUCACUCGGGGAAGAAUCUAAUGAGCUGAUGAUACGUCUACGCGACAAAUAUGUACAAAUAUUACUGCAGUAUGUAAAGCAGUCACAGAAGGACUGUUCAGUAGAAAAAACGAUAAACCGAAUGUCGUCGUUUUUCGAGCUGCUCUCGUCACUCAAUAAGAUAUCUGAAAUGGUUGAGCUGUGCCUCGUCCACAUAGUUGCACUCGACAUUGCGGGAAUGCGUGGAGAACUCACAUUCGAUUUACACUUACGAGAGCAUUGGUGA